GUUUUCAAAAAGGGCGGUAAUGGCAGAUAGCAGAGUCACCGGUAUCUACCAAAAUCAAAACCCUAAAAAGCACAAAAGCAACACCAGAAUCCUCACAAACCGAUGCUUUACUUCACUUUCAAACGCUGCAAUUCCUUUCGUGCUCCAAGAGAAACCCUAAAAAGCGAACCAAUUACCCCACUCCUACAAGCAAAGGAUCUCCAAACCCUAACUCUUAUAACCGAAUCCAAAACCUCAAUCAUGAUUCCAAUUUCACAUUCUUCAGCAGCUUUCUGCACACAGAAACAGUUAAUUUCUUCAAAUUGCAGGUGGAGAUUCAAACUAAGUGUUUUGUUAGGGUUUGGGGGUGGAGAUGGCGAGUACGAGUGGGACCAAGGAUGAGGUGGGCCCACCGAGGUCGUUGUCGAGGCGGAUGAUGACGAGGAGUUCAACGAUGUAUGAUCCGAAUGCCGACGGAGUUGACAGCGAGCUUGUGCCGUCGUCUCUUGCUGAAAUUGCUCCGAUUCUUCGUGUUGCGAAUGAGAUCGAGAACGAAAACAAGAGAGUUGCUUACUUGUGCCGAUUUCAUGCAUUUGAGAAGGCUCACAGGAUGGAUCCUAAAUCAAGUGGACGAGGUGUUCGCCAGUUUAAAACCUACCUGCUGCAUAGGCUUCAAAAGGAGGAAGAAACGACAAAACCUGUAUUAACGAGAAGUGAUCCUUCAGAAAUUCAGAAAUUCUACCAGAACUUCUAUGAGAAAAACAUUAGAGAAGGCCAAUACACAAAGAAACCUGAGGAAAUGGCCAAGAUAUAUCAAAUUGCAACGGUUUUGUAUGACGUACUGAGGACGGUGGUACCUAGUGCAAAAGUCGAUCCCAAGACUCGAGAUUACGCAAAAAAUGUAGAGGAAAACAAAGAACAAUAUGAACACUAUAAUAUUCUCCCUUUAUAUCCUGUUGGAAAAAAGCCAGCAAUUAUGGAGCUUUCGGAGAUAAAAGCGUCUCUUCAAGCGGUUCGCAAUAUAGAUAACCUUCCACCUGUUAGAAGGGUAGGAGACAGAGACAAACCUUUUAGUGAUAUUCUUGAGUGGUUAUCAUCAAUUUUUGGAUUUCAGAAAGGAAAUGUUGCGAAUCAACGGGAACACUUAAUAUUGCUACUUGCAAAUAUUGAUAGAAGGUUGAAGGGCAGUGAAGACUAUGAGCAGUUGGAUAACCUCACCGUAAAGCAAUUACUGGAUAAAACUUUCAAGAACUAUGUCUCUUGGUGUCGUUAUUUGCACUGUACACCAAUCAUUGAAUCGCCGAAGGUUCCAGCUACUGCUGAUAGGCUGCAGUUGCAGCUUCUCUACAUUGCACUUUACCUACUUAUCUGGGGUGAAGCUUCAAACAUCCGGUUCAUGCCUGAAUGCAUUUGCUAUAUAUUCCAUAAUAUGGCAAAUGAAAUGCAUGGAACUUUAUUUGGAAAUGUUCAACCCGUGAGUGGAGGUACUUAUCAAGCAGCACCAGUUGGUGAAGAAACGUUCUUGCGUGAUGUUAUUACACCUAUUUACGAGGUUCUUCGUAAGGAAGCUAGGAGGAACCAAGGUGGCAAAGUAAGCCAUGCAUCAUGGAGAAACUAUGAUGAUCUUAACGAAUAUUUCUGGUCCGACAGAUGCUUCAAGUUAGGUUGGCCAAUGGACCGGAAAUCUGACUUUUUUAUUCACUCCAGCGAGUCAUCACGACAUCGACAUCCUACAGAGCGCAACCAAGCAGUAGGGAAAAAGAAACCAAAAACAAAUUUUGUGGAAGUGCGCACGUUUUGGCAUCUUUACAGGAGUUUUGACCGCAUGUGGAUAUUUCUUAUAUUGGUCUUUCAGGCUAUGGUAAUUGUUGGAUGGCAUGAAGACGGGUCAAUUUUUGGAAUUUUUGAAGAGGAUGUCAUUAAAAGUAUCUUGAGUAUAUUCAUUACUUAUGCUGUACUUAACUUUAUCCAAGCUACUCUAGAUAUAAUCCUGAGCUUCAGUGCAUGGGGAAGCUUAAAACCAACUCAAAUUCUUCGAUACCUACUCAAAUUCAUAAUAGCUGCCUUUUGGGUAGUGAUUUUUCCCAUUUGUUAUUCAAGAUCCGUUCCAAAUCCAACAGGAUUAGUGAGGUUUUUCAGUACGUUGGGAGGAAAUUGGCGGGAACAAUCACUAUAUAACUAUCUUAUAGCAAUUUACUUGAUACCCAACAUACUGGCUGUAUUGCUGUUUUUGCUUCCACCAAUAAGGAGACAUAUGGAACGUUCAAACUGGAGGAUAGUCACUCUUUUAAUGUGGUGGGCCCAGCCAAAACUCUAUGUUGGGAGAGGCAUGCAUGAGGAUAUCUGUUCUCUUUUGAAGUAUACACUUUUUUGGAUAAUGUUGCUAAUAAGCAAGUUUGCUUUCAGCUACUAUGUGGAGAUAUUGCCGUUGAUCGGGCCCACAAAGUUAAUCAUGCAAAUGACGGUUAGCAAUUAUGAGUGGCACGAGUUCUUUCCCAAUGUGACACACAACAUUGGUGUUGUUAUUGCUAUUUGGGCUCCAAUUGUCAUGGUCUAUUUCAUGGACACACAAAUUUGGUAUGCAAUAUAUGCUACUAUUGUUGGUGGAAUCUAUGGGGCAUUCAGCCACUUGGGUGAGAUUCGUACACUUGGCAUGCUACGUUCUCGAUUUGAAUCGGUACCUUCAGCUUUUAAUGAACGCCUUGUGCCAAUGCAAAAAGAUGAGCCCAAAAGUGACCGCCAUGAAGAUAGUUUGUGGAUAAGAAAGAACAUAGCAAAAUUUUCUCAGGUGUGGAACGAAUUCAUAUAUUCAAUGCGAGCGGAAGAUUUGAUCAGCGACAGUGAGAGAGAUCUACUUCUCGUACCAUCUACUGUAAGUGAUGUCCCAGUUGUUCAGUGGCCACCAUUUCUCCUUGCUAGUAAGAUUCCAAUCGCAUUAGACAUGGCAAAAGAUUAUAAAGGAACCGAAGAUGCAGAUUUGUUCAGGAAGAUCACCGGUGAUGAUUAUAUGCGGUCAGCAGUGAUAGAGUGUUACCAAACGCUAAAGGAAAUAUUAUAUGCCCUUCUUGACGAUGAAAGAGAUAAAAUGAUCUUAGACUAUAUAUGCCAUGAAAUAGAAACUAGCAUUGCACAACGGACGUUUUUGAGUAAAUUUCGAAUGAGCGAAUUGCCUUCACUUAAUGAUAAGUUGGAAAAAUUCUUAGAGCAUCUGCUAAAAGACGAUGUUGAUCCUGAAAAAUACGAUUCCCAAAUUAUCAAUGUCCUUCAGGAUAUUAUGGAGAUUAUCACGCAAGAUGUUAUGAGUAAUGGCCAUGAAAUACUUGAACGGGUUCACUCUCAUUAUCCAGAUAAUGAAAAAAAAGAAAGAUUUGAACAAAUUAAUUACCGGUUAACAGCACUUAGAGCAACGAGGGAAAAGGUGGUGAGGCUUCGUUUGCUUUUGACUGUUAAGGAAUCUGCAAUUAACGUUCCUACGAAUCUAGAAGCCCGUAGACGUAUUACCUUUUUUGCAAACUCCUUAUAUAUGAGAAUGCCAAAUGCACCAGUGGUCCGUAACAUGCUCUCAUUCAGUGUUUUGACUCCAUAUUACAAGGAGGACGUUCUAUAUUCUGAAGAUGAGCUUCACCGUGAAAACGAGGAUGGAAUUUCCAUUUUGUUUUACCUGCAAAAGAUUUAUCCAGAUGAAUGGAAGAAUUUUCAUGAGAGGACUAAAGGGAAGAGAGACACCCCAGAAGAAACUGAUGAGAUCCGUAAAUGGGUUUCUUACAGGGGCCAGACGCUUUCCAGAACAGUGCGGGGAAUGAUGUACUACAAGGCAGCUCUUGAACUGCAAUGCUUCCUUGACUCCGCUACAGAUGCUGAGAUUUUUACUGGAUUUCGGACAUUGAAUAAACCCCACACAGAACUCAAAGACCGUGAAAGUGCAAUGGCAGAUCUGAAGUUCACAUAUGUCGUGUCUUGCCAGGUGUACGGUGCUCAAAAAAAGUCCAGUGAGGAUAGAGAUCAAAAAUGUUAUCAGAACAUCUUGAAUCUCAUGCUCAUAUAUCCUUCUUUACGAGUUGCUUAUAUAGAUGAGAGAGAAGAUACCAUCAAUGGUAAAUCUACGAAGGUUUACUAUUCUGUUCUUGUCAAGGGUGGUGAUAAAUUGGAUGAGGAAAUAUACCGUAUCAAGCUUCCGGGCCCACCGACAGAAAUUGGAGAAGGAAAACCUGAAAACCAAAAUCAUGCCAUUAUUUUUACUCGAGGAGAAGCGCUGCAGACCAUUGACAUGAAUCAGGAUAAUUACUUUGAAGAAGCAUUCAAAAUGCGGAACGUGUUGGAAGAAUUUCAUAAAGAUCAUCAUGGUCAACGUAGACCAACGAUUUUGGGUUUAAGAGAACACAUUUUUACUGGAAGUGUAUCCUCACUUGCUUGGUUCAUGUCAAAUCAAGAAACAAGUUUUGUGACAAUCGGUCAAAGGGUUUUGGCAGACCCUCUGAGGGUGCGGUUCCAUUAUGGUCACCCUGAUAUAUUCGAUAGACUAUUCCACAUAACAAGGGGUGGUGUAAGUAAAGCUUCAAAAACCAUCAAUUUGAGCGAGGAUAUAUUUUCAGGUUACAAUUCAACUCUCCGUGGUGGUUAUGUUACACAUCAUGAAUAUAUCCAAGUAGGCAAGGGCCGGGAUGUCGGUAUGAAUCAGAUAUCCCUGUUUGAGGCUAAGGUUGCAAACGGAAACGGUGAACAGACACUUAGUCGUGAUGUUUAUCGACUUGGUCGCCGUUUUGAUUUUUACAGAAUGUUUUCAUUCUACUUCACCACUGUUGGUUUCUACUUUAGCAGCAUGGUUACGGUGCUUAUUGUUUACAUCUUUCUAUACGGACGCAUGUAUAUGGUUUUAAGUGGACUUGAAAGACGAAUAAUAGAAGAUGCAACUAUUAGUAGCAACAAAGCACUGGAAGAAGCCUUAGCAACCCAAUCAGUUUUUCAGCUCGGUUUACUUCUGGUCCUUCCAAUGGUUAUGGAAAUAGGUUUAGAAAGAGGCUUCCGUACUGCAUUAGGUGAUUUCAUCAUAAUGCAACUUCAAUUAGCCUCUGUUUUCUUCACAUUCCAGCUUGGAACAAAAGCCCAUUAUUACGGAAGAACCAUUUUGCACGGUGGAUCCAAAUACAGAGCUACGGGUCGUGGGUUCGUUGUGUUUCAUGCCAAGUUUGCUGAUAAUUACCGGUUAUAUUCACGUAGUCACUUUGUGAAAGGGUUGGAGUUGGGGAUAUUACUGGUUAUUUAUCAAGUUUACGGGACGUCAUACCGGAGCUCGAAUUUGUAUCUGUUUAUUACGUUUUCGAUGUGGUUUUUGGUGUGUUCAUGGUUGUUUGCUCCGUUUGUGUUCAACCCUUCGGGGUUUGAUUGGCAGAAGACGGUGGAAGAUUGGACUGAUUGGAAGAGAUGGAUGGGGAAUCGGGGAGGAAUUGGUAUUGAUCAAAAUAAAAGUUGGGAAUCAUGGUGGGAUGCUGAACAACAGCAUCUUAAGAACACAAACAUAAGGGGAAGAGUUUUUGAGAUUAUACUUUCGCUUCGGUUUUUCAUUUACCAGUAUGGAUUGGUUUAUCAUCUUAACAUAGCACGUGGCAGCACAAGCAUACUGGUUUAUGCACUUUCGUGGUUGGUUAUGAUAACCGUUCUUCUAGCCUUGAAGUUGGUGUCAAUGGGCAGAAGAAGAUUUGGCACAGACUUUCAACUCAUGUUCAGGAUCUUAAAGGCACUUCUGUUCCUUGGCUUCCUUUCAAUCAUGACGGUUUUAUUUGUUGUAUGUGGGCUCACAAUCAGUGACAUAUUUGCUGCAUUCCUUGCCUUUUUGCCAACAGGCUGGGCUUUCAUUUUAAUCGGUCAAGCAUGCAGGUCUUGUGUAAAAGGCAUAGGAUUUUGGGAUUCAAUCAUGGAAUUGGGACGCGCGUACGAAUGUUUGAUGGGAUUGGUGGUAUUCAUGCCAAUUGUUAUCCUUUCAUGGUUCCCUUUUGUAUCAGAGUUCCAAACAAGGCUGUUAUUCAAUCAAGCAUUCAGCAGAGGUCUUCAGAUUUCAAUGAUUCUUGCUGGAAAGAAAGAUAAGGACAAGACUCAUACCACUUGAUUAAUUUAAACAGAGUUUUGAAUUUAGAAUAUGCUUCAAUCCAAGAUUUCUAUUUUAUGUUUUUCAAAUUUAAAAAUUCUUUUUGAAGUUAAUUGUAAUUAUGAAUUUAAUCAAAAAUAGUUCUUCAUGUCCAGCCCCCCUUUGUUCUCGCUAGAAAACAUCUAACGAGACUUGAACCGCGAUUGUGUAACAUUGGCAAAUAGAAAUCAUGACAUUUUUACAUAGCAUCAUCAACAUCCACAAAAAUUUAAAUUCUUAGAGGUCCGGCAUAUUACCAACUGAAUACAUGUCAUCAUAAAUUAAAGCUCAAAUCAAACCCAAACAUAAAAACCAAAACCAAAACGAAAAACCCAAAACAAAAACAAACCUAAUAUCGUUUACCAAAGAAAAACCCAAAAAAAAAAAAA